UUAUACCGGUCACCUGACUCAAAAGAAGGCAUUAAUGUCAAACCCCAGAAAAAAUAAAGACAUUUAAUAUCUUUGCAAAAAAGAGGUAAUAACAUGUGAGAUAGAAAUGAACUUCCUUAGAUUACUAUUAGAUUACAUUAAAAUGUAACUUUUAGCACUUUAACACUGCAUUUUUAGGUUGUUAAAGAAGAAGAAGAAGAUUUAAUGGUAUAGAUUUCUUCUUCCAGUCCACGUUAAAUUAUAUGCAGUUUUUUUUGUCUGCUAAUGUUGGGUUAUGGUACAAUGAUUAGCACAUUAAAAAGAUCGUGGGUUUGAAUCCACCAGACCAACUGGGGCCUUUCUUUGUGGAGUUCUCCUUCUCUGUCUUCAUUCCACAAUCCAAAGAAUAUGUGCAAGAAUGGGUGACUGGCUCUAUGUGUUAGUCUGUGACUAAAUGUGGCCUGUCCAGUGUGUGUCGGCUGUCACUCGAUGCUCUGCACAAAAGCAAAUAAGUAGAAGAACAUUGAUAUCACAUGCUUCUCUCAAGAUGACAAAAUGUGUAUUUUCUUCAUGAUCCCUAUUUAUAUCAUAACAGAAAUUUCUCAAGAUGUCCAGCAUCUACUUUAAAAACCAGAGUCCAGAAUGGGUGAACCAAGUGGUCUGUCUUCUGAACACUUCCGCUGUCCUUGUGGUCACUUCAGCUCACUCUGGGAAACUCCUGCUGGAGAUGAAGAGAGUUACACUUGGGCUUCGCUUAUGAACAGCAGCUGUUUUACAGCUUCACACCUGAUCUGAGCAUAAAAGAAGAGCUGAGUGAAACAGGGAGCGAAAGCUGUGUUACUUUUCUGCUGUUUUGUGACAGUUUGGUGAAUGAAAGCAUGGGAGUGUAUGUAUACAGAGACCUUAACUGGAUAUUCAAGUUUUAUGAUCUGACUUUCUUUGAGGGGGCCCUCAGCAGGUGGAUGCCUCCCACCUCACAGUGUGUAAGUGACAGUUUUUCUGCUCUGUUGCGUCAUAACAUACAGUUAGAGAGAGACAGAGCACAGGAAAGCAACAGCAUGAUAGAGAAAGCACCAGAACAGAGUAGAGGCAGUGAGAUAGAGUAACUCUGUUCCUGUCAAGCUUCUCGCAGCUGUUCAACGUCACAACUGACUCCUGACAGACAGCCCCAACUGAAGGACAAAAAUAACCCUCAAGGAGAGGGCGCCUACCAACACUCAACAUCAGGGGUCAGGGGAUUUCUGCCAAUGUAAAGCAAAAAAUUUGACAAUAAAUUUAAAAAGCUGAAGAGCUCUCACAGAUGACAACCAGCUUCAGGUGUGUUUCUUUCGCACAAAGAUAACUGGUUUUAUUGACAAGCCUGCCCACUGAAGAUUUUUAAUUUCUCACUUAACUAAAGAGACAAAACACCAACCAACCCGUCUUCUGCAUCUGUUGGUACGGUUCAAGAGGUGCUCAGCUAUUUUAGUAACUUGGGUGAGGAAUGUACAGUCACUGAAGAACACAGGCACAGAUUGGAGAUCCUACACUAAGUCUUCUCUCAUCCACUCAGACCAUCAUCCAUUCACCAGAGUCUCAGAAUCCGGCGCACCUACAAUGGAGACUGUGGCAAUAUUUGACUCACCUGGGAAGGGGAGAGGGUUAAAGGCAACAAAGGAGUUUUGGGCAGGAGAUGUAAUUUUUUCUGAGGCCAGUAUUGCAGCUGUUGUCUUUGACAGUCUAGCAGAGCGUAUUUGCCACAGCUGUUUCCGAAGACAGGAGAAGCUUCAGCGGUGCGGCCAGUGUAAAUUUGCGCAUUACUGUGACCGAACCUGCCAGCGUGCAGGCUGGGCAGAGCACAAGCUAGAAUGCAGCGCCAUCAAAGCUUAUGGCAAAGUACCAAAUGAGAACAUCCGUGUGGUGGCCCGCAUUAUGUGGCGCCUCGACAAGGAGGGGAGCACGGUGUCUGACAUGCAGCUGACCACGCUGGACGAGCUGGAGGACCACAUUGCCGAUAUGCCAGAGGACGACUUGAAGGAGCUGAAAGUGGACAUUCACAACUUCCUGGACUACUGGCCCCAUAAUAGCAAACAGCACACAAUUGAUGAUAUCUCACACAUAUUUGGAGUGAUCAACUGUAACGGCUUCAGUGUGAGUGACCAGAGGGGUCUCCAGGCAGUAGGAGUUGGUCUUUUCCCCAACUUGUGUCUAGUGAACCAUGACUGCUGGCCCAACUGCACCGUAAUCCUCAACCACGGCAAUCAAUCGGCUGUGAAUACUAUGUUUCAUUCUCAACGGAGGAUCGAGCUGCGUGCUUUGGGUAAGAUUGCAGAAGGCGAGGAGCUGACAGUCGCCUAUGUGGACUUCUUGAAUUUGUCAGAGGAGCGACAGAGGCUGCUGAAAACACAAUAUUUCUUUGACUGCACGUGUGAACACUGCAAGAACCGAAUCAAAGAUGACAUCAAGAUUGGGGGAAGGGAAGAGGACGGAGUCAAGCCUUCAGAGGAACAAGUGAAAGAGGCCACAGAUUAUUGCUUUCAGAUGCUAGAGAAGAUGGAGAAGGCUCGAUUAAAUGGUGACUACCAUGAGGUUGUGAAAAUCUGCAGGGAGUGCAUUGAGAAGACAGAGCCGGUUCUGGCAGACACUCACAUCUACCUGUUGAGGAUGUGGAGCACAAUGAGUGAGGUUCAAGCUUACCUGCAGUACUUUGAUGAUGCUGCAGAUUACGCCCGCAAGAUGGUGGAGGGAUACAUGAAGCUGUACCACCCGAACAACGCUGCUCUUGGCAUGGCUGCCAUGAGAGCAGGAGUGACCCACUGGCAGGCUGGGCAGAUUGAGGUUGGACAUGGGAUGAUCUGCAAGGCCUACGCCAUUCUCAUGAUUACCCAUGGCCCAACACAUCCCAUCACUAAGGACCUUGAUGCGAUGCGCAUUCAGACAGAGAUGGAGCUGAGGAUGUUCAAACAGAAUGAGUAUGUUUAUCACAGUAUGAGAGAGGCAGCUCUGAAGAACAAACCCAUGACCAUGAUGCACGAGCCCAAGUCUGUGGAGGAGGGAAUCAAAAAUCUCUUCCACCGGAGGAAGUGA